AUGGGGGUGAGGGAAGGUGAGCGAGGCGUCAAAGUUUCUGAAUUUACAGAAAAAAUUUAGUGCGCGCUACGGAUAAAAUUACGUCACGUGACGUCACAAUUACACUGAAUAUUCAACGUUAAUAACUUGUUUGUUCGAUCGCCUUCGGCUGAAGUACUGUAGAUUUCAAAUUUCGAGCCAAAAUUUUUUUGACGUUUUGCCACCCCGUUUGGGAACGCCGUGUGACGGAAAGAAAAAUGUGACAAGCUUGCGCGGAAUGGCCUAUAGAAAAAAAAACCCACGACAGGUUAAAUUGGAAAAGAGGCUGUUUGAAAAGCGUUUGCAUUUUUGUUUUCCAACUUUUUCGUCGGUGAACUUUGAAUGGGAGGGCACCCAAAUUUUGCAGGUCAACUUUUCCGAGUUUUUUCCCUGAUAUUUUUCGUUUUAGAAAACAUUUAAAAAAUUUGGCUCGUCUUUUUUUCUCCCCAUACCACCGGAAAAAGGUUGAAAAAAAAAAAUCACACGCACACAUUUUCGUCGCAAAAUUCCCUAGCGAUGUGGAAUGAAACGGUUUUUUUUUUGUUUUUGUCUUAUAAGACGGUAAAUUGGUUAAAGUUGUCGUUCCGAAAAAAUUUGGCUGCCGCUUUUUGUUCUGCAUCGUGGACAUCAGCCGACAAUGCGUGCGUACUUUGACAUUUCCGAAUUUGACUUGCUCAUACAACUGUUUUCAGGAGGCCCGAGCCUAUCACAUGACGUUGACCAACAGAAUGGUGGUGCGCCUUCCGGCGGGUGUGGUCGCCGCGUCGGAGCGCAUCAGACGCGAAGUACGAUUUUUCUAAGGAACCUAACCUUUUUUUAAAUUUUUUUUUUUAAUAUCUUUUUUCUCUUUUUUCAAACCAAAAACAAAAGAAAAAAGCCACGGUUGCAGCUAGCCGAGAUGGACUCCAUUGCGAACGCUUUCGUCACCACGCUCCUAUUCGUCGACGUCGACGCGCGUCUGCGUGGAACGCCGCCGACAAACGUUGCGUGGGCCUCGAGUCGAGCCCCAGUCCCGCCGCCAAAGACGACGUCGCCGCCGACGACGCCGACGCCGACGCUGCCGCAGCCAACCGUCGUCGUCAUCGACAAGUUGAAGGCCGAGGCAAGUCUAUCUCGUUUUGAAAAUGCUAAGCGUGUUCGUAACGUGCUCACUCGUCUAGGAAGCGAGCUGUGUGUGCGGCAAGAGAUCGGUGCCCGACUGGCGACCGACAAAGGGUUUCGGCGACGACGCGCCCUUCAGCCCGGCCGUCGACGGCGUCCGCUUCACCUGGAAGACGCUGGCCGAACUGGGCCAAGGCGUCGACACGUUGAGGUUGGUUUGUUGGUUUCCUCUGCUCAACUUUGAUGUCGCAUGCAGCAGCAGCAACCUCGCUAACCGUUAUGGGGCCUUUGCGAAAUUGCCGGUCCGUAUGGAACGUGGAGAGUGUGUGGCGCGCGUGUAGAUGAUGGAAAAGUUUAGUGCGCUUUUUUGAAACGGAAGCUGAGUAAUCUACACACGAUUCGCCAAUGUGCCUGAACGUAAAAAUCGGUCACAGAAUUUUGCAAUCCAAUGUUGUCAUUCUUGUGUCGAUGAUCAGCAUUGACGUUUGGUUGAAGGGCCAGCGAAAUGCUAGCGAAAACGUGAGUUUUAUACUGCACCGCGAGCCAUCACCUAGGGACUGUUGUUACAGACAAACGCGCUGAAAGAAAGGAUUUUUGGCGUGUACGACUUUGAGACGGAGACGGACUCGCCCAAGUACCGCAAUGGGCAGGACUACGCCCGCUGGAUACGAGAGCACGGAACGGGUACAAUAAAAAAAAAUUUUGAUUUUGAUGAAACUUCAUCCAGUGUGA